AUGAACUGUACCGCCCAAGCGGAUACUCUUUUCGGUCCAGCCGUGGGUGUCUCUUGUCGCGGCGGCUUCGAUUUUACUCUUUUAUUCGAACAAUCUAUCCUUACUAUCCCGUUAGCUGGGGCUUGUUCGCUUGCCUUUUUAGCUCGAUUGAGAUACUUGUCUAAGAGAGAGCCCAUCACAUUUGGAGGAUCAACUCGGCUGGCAAAAUUAGUAGUCGCUGCAAUAUUCCUUGGUGUCCAGGCCUCUUUACUGGCGCUUUGGGAUGCUAAUAAUGCCUUGAAGACGAGCGUGUCUAUUGCUACGGCCUCCAUCAACUUGGUCGUCGCGUUUCUGGUGCUUAUGUUAUCAUGGCUUGAAGAUUCCAGGUCUGUACGACCAUCAAGCGUGUUAAGUCUCUACCUCAUUUUCUCGGUAUUACUAGACUUUCCGCAGGUUAGAACGCUAUGGCUGAAGGGAUCGAAUACGGUGUUGGCGAGUUUGUUCACCGUUAACAUCGCGACGAAAGCUGUACUCUUAUUUCUUGAGGCGCAAAGUAAAGGAGAUCGUCUAAAAGAGAAACACAAAAAUUUACCACCGGAAUCGAUCAGCGGUAUUAUCAAUCGCACCCUUCUUUGGUGGGUGAAUGUGAUCUUCCGUCGCGGCUUUCGCACUGUCCUUGCAAUUGAUGAUUUAUACGAAAUUGACGAAUCUUUAUCCUCGAAUGUCCUACAUCGGAAAAUUACUGCCUCUUGGUCGACUCGGCAUAUCCCGGAGCGGCGUCUUGAGUACCCCAUAGCUGUCAUUCGCGCGUUCCGAAUUCCUCUUCUCGUAACAGCUAUCCCACGCCUUUUUCUCAUAGGGUUCACAUUUUCGCAGCCUUUCCUCAUUUCGCGCACCCUCGAGCUCUUGGGUGAACCAGACAACGAAGCCUCCCGUCAAAAAGGUUACGGCAUUAUCGGUGCUGCAGCACUUAUAUACCUUGGCCUUGCGUUUCUUACACUACACUACAAUCACAAUCAAAACCGCUUUAUUACUAUGUUUCGCGGUGCCACGGAUUUGUUAAUAUACGAACGUGUAUUAUGUGUUCAGUCCAGAAUCUACGAUGAGACAGCAGCAGUAACACUCAUGAGCACAGACGUGGAUCGCGUUGCUUUCUCACUAGAGAGUUUGAACGAAAUUUGGGCUCGACUAAUUGAAGUGGCGGUUGGAAUUACUCUCCUCGCGGUACAAUUGGGCUGGGUCUGUAUUAUGCCUAUAGUUAUUGUUGUCCUCAGCAGUUUUGGAGCAAAGCAAAUCUCAAAGCAUAUAGGAGAACAGCAGAAAGUAUGGAUGGAAGCCGUGCAGAAGAGAAUUGCCGUAACUACGAGCGCAUUGUGUGAAAUCAAAGCAAUUAAAAUGAUGGGCUUUACUGAUAUAGUAACAAAGCGAAUUCAGGAAUACAGAAUUGAUGAGACACACCGUAUGGCUGGUUUUCGAUGGAGCAUCGUAUGGCAGAACGUGGUACAGAAUUUACCUUACGUUGUGGCGCCUGCGUUGACCUUCGCGGUAUAUGCCGGUCAAGCCAUCGCUCUCGGAACAGGCUUGAUAGGCACCACCAAAGCAUUUACGAGCUUGUCCAUUAUCACUUUGCUUACGACGCCAGUUUCAAAGCUUCUUAGCGCGAUUCCUAAUACAUCGGCGAGUCUGGGAUGUUAUGAUCGGAUUCAAAAUUUUCUUGUCGCACCCCCCAGACAAGACUACCGAUUGAUUUCAGGGUCUAAUGGGAAUUGUCAAGACCCGCGCUCUAACAAUGAUGCUGAACCCGGAGUAGUCGAUAUCAACGAGGAUGUUGCGAUUUCUGCCGAGAAUAUAUCUUUGCGACCAACCCCUGAUUCUGGUAUAAUCCUCGAAAAUAUAAAUUUGAGGGUAAAGAAGCGGUCUUUCACCGUGCUGCUUGGGCCUGUGGGUGUUGGAAAAAGCACCCUCAUCGCUUCGCUUCUUGGGGAAGUUCCUCCUGAGCAUGGAUCAAUCACCAUAAGUACUCCACGUAUAGCCUUUUGUUCGCAAACACCAUGGCUGCCAAAUUCGACCAUUAAGGAUGCCAUCUGCAUGCCCAACGAGGCAACCACUUUCGACGAGGGAUGGUACCAAACCGUCCUUCGCGCAUGUGCGCUCGACCAAGACCUCAAUCUACUGCCGGCCAAGGAUAAUACUGUCGUCGGCAAUGGGGGCGCGGGAUUGAGCGGAGGACAAAAAGCUCGUGUCGCAUUAGCCAGAGCGGUCUAUAGUAGAUGUGAAAUACUUGUGCUCGAUGGAGUGGCAAGUGCCCUUGAUGCCAAGACCAAGUCAGAUAUUGGUCAGAGACUACUGGGCGAAGAUGGUUUACUAAGGCAAUUGGGAGCAUCGGUUCUGCUAGCUGGUUCAGAUGAAUACCUGGAUCUUGUUGACCAAGUGUUAAUCCUUGGUGAUACCGGACUGCGAUUCGCGGGGAGUUACGAUCGCGCCUUAGCCGAGGGCCUUGUAGACCUAAAACAAGGAUCGAAACAAGACGACUUAGGCGAAAAUGAAAUAGUUAGUAAACCACUGGAUAUAGAGGAAAAGGCAGAAGAAGUCUCUAAAGCGGAUGAGCUUAAGGAUUUGACGAGAGCCACCGGCGAUUUUGCGGUUUAUAAAUACUACUUUAACUCGAUCGGGCCAUGGAAGAUCCUCGUUUUCGUAUUUUUCGUAACGUUGGAUGUAUUUUGCGCCACUUUUAGUCAAAUUUGGCUUAAAUGGUGGUCCGAAGCUGGGGGCGGCCGAUUAGGGUUAUAUAUCAGCGUCUAUUUAAUACUCGCGAUAUUAGAAUCUAUUGGAAAUGGGGGUUACGUCUGGGGAAUCCUUAUUUUGAUAUCCCCACCAACCGCGAGGAAGCUACAUCAUACACUUCUGAAAACCGUUAUGCGGGCACCACAAUCGUUUUUCUCCUCGACGGAUAACGGUACAAUACUCAAUCGAUUCAGUCAAGAUAUGACCCUCAUCGAAAGCCAAUUGGCAAUUGGCAUGCUUAUCACAGUGUCUAACUUGUUUUCUGCUAUAGCCACCGUCGCUCUUGUUGCUAGUGGCUCGUCUUAUAUGGCGGCUACCAUUCCUUUCCUUAUCCUAGUCAUCGGAAUCAUUCAGCAUUUUUAUCUUCGAACGUCCCGGCAACUACGUCUUCUCGAUCUCGAGGCUAAAAGUCCCUUGUAUAACAAUUUCCUCGAAACUCUAGCGGGGCUAGAGACCAUUCGGGCAUUUGGCUGGGAGGAGAUGCAGCAACAAACUAAUAGGAAACUCCUGGAUCUAUCGCAGAGGCCAUAUUAUCUGUUGUACUGCAUCCAGCAAUGGCUAAAUCUAGUGUUGGACCUUAUUGUUGCAGCCGAGGCAGUACUGGUCGUAGGUCUAGCAGUAGGGUUGAGGGGCUCGAGUACUAGCCCAGGCUCGCUAGGUGUGUCGAUGAAUAACAUAUUAAGCUUUAACGCGUAUCUUGCCUCCCUCGUAACAGGUUGGACGCAGCUUGAGACUUCAUUAGGAUCUAUUGCACGAGUAAGAGAUUUCGAAAUGGAAGUGCAACCGGAAGAAAAGAGCGGAGAAGACCAAGAACCGCCGCCGACAUGGCCUGAAAAGGGGGCGAUUGAGUUUCGGAAUGCAACAGCGUCCCAUAACCCUACCUCAAAUGCUCUUCGUGAUAUUACACUAUCCAUUUUGCCAGGCCAGAAGGUUGGCAUUUGCGGUCGAACUAGCAGCGGUAAAUCAUCAUUAAUUAGUACAAUCCUUCGACUGCUCGAAAUCGAAUCCGGUACGAUUACAAUAGAUGGUCUUGAUAUUUCGACCAUACCACGGGAAUCGAUCCGCUCCCGUCUUGUGACGAUUCCCCAAGAUCCACUUAUUCUCGUCGGUACGGUGCGUUUCAACAUAGACCCUUUGUCGCAACAUACCGAUAACGACAUAAUCAACGCUCUUGAGCGCGUAAGCAUGUGGCCUGUGAUUCAGGCGCGCGGUGGACUCGACGUCGAGAUCACGGCGUCGUCAUUGUCUAAAGGCCAACAACAGCUUUUCGCACUUGGACGUGCGUUACUAAGGAAGGGAAAGGUGUUGCUGUUAGACGAGCCAACUAGUCAUGUUGAUCCCAAGACAGACGUGAUAAUCCAUAAGAUCCUUAAAGACGAAUUUGGAGGUUGUACUAUGCUCAUAGUAAGCCAUAAACUUGACAGUAUUAUGGACAUGGACUCGGUGAUUGUGAUGGAUGAGGGUAAGGUAGCGGAGGCGGGAAAUCCAGUUGAUUUAUCUAAAUGCGGCGGGAGGUUUGCUGCGCUACUUGAGGCUAAUGGUUUGGCCAACGGGUAA